AUGGAUAUACGGAAUGACAUGGGAAGCCAAGAACACGAAUUUCACCACUGGGUCAUCCGAACGGGGUUCGGUGACCCAAUAGGACAAGCUCCAGGGUACGACCCCCGCAGACCCAUCGACGCGGAUUCCCAAAGAGAAGACCCGAGCAUCCCGAAUGAAACCAGAACAUUCCAGAACUCUAUCGAAAGAAACGACGCCAAGCUCAAAAGGAUACACACCAUCGUGCAUAUGGUGACAAGCUCCGCCCCAAACAUAGAUCUGGUUAUCGAGGAAACAAGAAUGACUCCAUUCAGGAACCGAAUCGCCAGCGUAAGACUACACCAUGUGGGAAAACUGAAAUUCCCCGAGUAUGCUGGGAACACAUACCAAAAAGCCCACGUACGAGUCUUCCGACUAGCGAUAUCAAGAGCACAUCUCAACGACGACGAAAAAGAGGCUGGUUAUUGCCGCUUCUUUGCUGAAAAUCUCACCGGGACUGCUCUUGAAUGGUUUGCUGGCCUAGAGGAAAACUCAAUCGACAACUUCACCCAAUUAGUGUCUACAUUCCUCAAACAAUACUCAGUUUUCAUAGAAACAAGGGUUACCGAGGCAGAUCUCUGGAAUCUCAAGCAGGCGCCGUUCGAACCAUUAAGAGCAUACAUAGACAAGUACAGAGAAAUCAAAGCCAAGAUUUCGCAUCCCAACGAAGUCGUGGCCUUGGCAGCACUAAACAACGGCGUCUGGUUCUCAUCCAAAUUCAGAGAAGAAAUGGCAGUACGAGCACCCAUCUCGUUGGACGACGCCCUACACCGAGCCUCGUAUUUCGCGAGCCACGAAGAAGAGGUCGCAGCCUUAAAGGAAAAUUACAGCACGAACAAAAAUAACGUCGCCAAAAAGACUAAUGCUUCUAAAGAACCAGCAACUAAAGGGCAACACUCCUACACGAUAAACAAUUCACCGCAAAACAAAUCAUUGACUUACGAUCUCAACAAAUUAUGUGCCUUCCAUAACCGGAAGGGCCAUUCAACCGAGGAAUGUCGAGCAGCACUUCGCAAUCAAAACGAAAAUAAAGAAACCAGCGAAGAUGCUGGAGAAGAAGAAGAAGCACCAGCAACUCCGAAAACCAAUCGGAAAACUAAAGGCUCUUCGAACCAAAGAAACAGGGAAUCCGAGCUGGAAUCACCCAGCUCUCCACUCCCAGCACCAAAGAAAAGAGUUGUGAUUUCAUGGGGACCAAAAUGCGAUAUCCCUAACAAAAUCGAAGGUCAGACCGAAAGAAAAAUGUGCAUCGAUAUCACGAUAGCAAUCUGCACGUUAGAGGACCUCAACGGAGCCCCUCUCCUUCUAGCGCCACUCAAUACAAUCCAAAUACGAAGUCCCCCUUCGGGAAAAUCCCCAACUUUAAGCGAAAGCAUAAGAUGGCCAAAAUACAGGAACUACUGGAGAGACCAAUUGCCUCACAAAGUCGGAUAA